AUGUCUGCGGCCCUUCCACCAACCUUGGAAGGAUCGAUUGCGUCGAUCAAAGUGUUGGAAGAAGCCGUCACCGUUAUUUUCCAAAACAGUUUCGACGCGGAUACGAAAGCUUGUCUCGUCACACUCAUGAAGAUGUUGGACGCCAUUAUUCAAAAACCUGGCGACCCCAAAGUCCGCCAAAUUCGUCUCUCGAAUGCCGCCUUUCAUCGCAAAGUCGGCUCGCGAAAAGGUGGGCUGGAAUACUUGCAGGCCUGUGGGUUCCAAUUGCAAACGUCGGACACGCCCCUCUUGAGCCGUCACGAUGCAACCGAACGGGUCCUCGUACUCGCACCCGCACACGAAGAUACGUCGCGGAUCAUUACGGCACGGCGCUUGCUGUUGACCCGCGCUGUUCAGGAUUUGGGUAUGCAACAGGCAGAACUCCCGCCGUAUCGACCUCCCCCCAAGCUCGUAUCGAGCACUCCCACCAAUCCCAACCAAUAUGCCGAGACUGACGCCUUUGAUCCCUACGUCGGACGCCGCUACGACGCGCAAUCCGCUGCUGUGGGUACCAAUCUCGGACCCGACGCUUCCUACGUUUCCCAUACAGAGACGGAACUACAAAGACUCCGGGGGCAACAGGCCGCUCUGGAGAAACAGGCCGCGGCCCAACCAGUGGAUCGAAGGUGGGUCGCGCUCAAGCCGGGACAGGCCCUGCCACGUCCCAGUACCUCCACAGGAGAGGUGUCCAUGCCGGGUUUGUCGGACUCGGCGCUGCUCGCCGCCCAGCUUCAGAAGCAACAGGCGGCAGCCCACCAACGCGAACACGGUACACUCACGACACGCGCCAUGCGCGAUUUAGAAAAGCUGAAAAAGCAAAAAGUCUACAGUCACGUUACCUUGACUUUCCAAUUUUCGGAUGGCUGUAAGCUUAUUGGUCAUUUUGGGUCGCGGGAGAAGCUCGCCACCGUCAAAUCGCAAAUCAGUGAAACGUGUUUGACAGUACCGACGAAUUCGAAUACCGACAACACUCGUGACUUUGACCUCUACGUAGCACCGCCACGGCGCUUAUUGUCAUUGACCCAAACUUUACAGGCGGAGCAGCUUGUACCGGCUGCUAAGAUUUUUGUUUCGUGGAAAGUGUCCAGUACACCCAACAAGGACGCCCCCGUGGGAUCGUACUUGCAACCAACUCUAUUUCAACAAUCCGUAGCCCCGUUGCUCUUCCCGACAGGCCAGUCCAUUGUGGCCGAUGACAAGAAAAAAGCAGCCGAACGUAGCGGUAGCAGUAAACCCGAUGUCCCCAAACAGAAAAAUCCCUCUCGAGAGGAUGAUCUGUUGCGUCGCAUGAUGGGGAAACGAUAA